GCGUCUCAUAAAACUCGACAAUCGAGGGCACUACCCAUCGUGUUGUCCUCGUCCGGUGCGGCUUGUGAUGGAUGACAGCACGUCAGCAGGCAUAACUUUGAUCUUUUGGAGGCAUUUUCACCAAAGAAAAAAGCUCCACGACAGCCACCAACGGGAAAGCGCUGUUCUGACAUCUAAAAUGCAUCACUACGCGAAGAGGAUUGACUCUCGUACUACGGGAUAUGAUAAUUCCAAGGUUGUAGUUGAUAUGAUAUAUAUACAGUUGACAUAUUCACGGGUACAUAUAGGGCUCGCUUGGCACUUCGGCCCGCACAACUGCGAUCCAGCUUGGGGGACUCUCUUCACCGUCCCAUCACCCUGGCUCGAGAUGGUGACGUCCGAACAUCGUUUUGCUGUGCGCCAGGCUGCUCGCGCCAAUGUUCAAUGCCUCCGGCAAUCUUCGCAAUGGUGUAAUCAAGCUGCAAGUGUCGAUCUGGACAGCGCCCAAGUUGAUUCAAGCCUCACGGGCGACCGCGCAGCCACCGCCUGUCGUUGCAUUUGUCUUCGAAGCCGCGUAGAGUCAGAUGCAGUGCGAGCGUCCGUGUGAUGCUCCCCACGGCCAUCUUUUCAGAGUCCAUCUCGGUGAGAAUUUUACUGAUCUACGGGCAGAUGGCUGCGAGAUCUUCGCAGUCGCUUGCUGUGAUGUUUGUCGAAAUAAAACUACACGACUCCUCGCUAUCGCUCUUUGAGGAUGACCCUGGCUGAAAACGAGAGUAAUGAGAGGGCAAGCUGAUUUCGCUCUGAAUAGAGGCUCACGCUUGAAAAGACUUGUAUUUACAUCAUCGCGAAGAAAUUGCG